UCUAGGGGCCCAUCUCACAGAGGAGCAGUGCCGUGUGGUGGCUGGGAAGAUGCCCUGUGCGGAUGCCCCAGGCCAAGCUGCUUGCUUCCAGGCUGGCUGCUGUUAUGAUGAGACUGACCUCACUACUCCCUGCUACUAUGGCAACACAGUCACUGUUCAGUGCCUCCUGGAUGGUCACUUUGUUCUGGUGGUCUCCAGGGACAUGUCUGAUCACCCCAUCAUCCUGGAGAGUGUCCGGCUAGCCUAUGCCCAGGCAGGGUGUGACCCCAUCAGGAUGACUGAGGCUUUUGUGAUCUUCCGCUUCCCCCUCAUGCAGUGCGGCACCACAGUCCAGGUGAUCCAUGACAAACUGAUCUAUGAGAACCAGCUGAUCUCUGGCAUCGACAUCCGGACUGGGCCAGACGGCUCCAUCACCCGGGACAGCACCUUCAUCCUCCAUGCUCGCUGCAUCUACAAUGCCAGUGACUUUCUGCCAGUCCAGGUCGAGGUCUUCUUGCCCCCCACACCUGCUCCAGUCACCCAGGCAGGACCCCUCCGGCUUGAGUUGCGCAUCGCCACAGACCUGAGCUACAGAUCCUAUCUCACAGACAGAGACUACCCUGUGGUGAAGGUGCUCAGGGACCCUCUCUACAUGGAGGUUCGCAUCCUGCACAGAACAGACCCGUCCCUGGUUCUGGUUCUACACCAGUGCUGGGCCACCCCAAGUGCUAACCCCCUGCAGCAGCCGCAGUGGCCCAUCCUGGUGGACGGGUGCCCGUUCCUGGGAGACAACUACAGAACCCAGCUUGUGCCCGUGGGCCCUGCCUUAUCUGAGCUGCCCUUCCCGACUCACCACCAGCGCUUCGUCCUCUCCACCUUUGCCUUUGUGGACUCCGCCUCCCAGGUGGCGCUUGAGGGAGAGGUGUACAUUUACUGUAGCGCCUCAGCUUGCUACCCCUCCCGGCUGGAGCCCUGCAGGACCAUGUGCCCAUCAGGAGCUGCUACGAGAGGCCGCCGGUUCCUGGAUAUCAACAAUGGGACAGGAGAGCCCCAGGACCUGGUGAGCUCUCCUGGCCCUGUGAUCUUCCAGGAGAGCCCUGAGCCAUGGAGAGAGCACGUCUAUGAGAACAAGGACCCUGUCUCCAGACUGGACCUGACCCUGGUGCUUCUGGCCAUGCUUUCAUUGGUGGCUGUGGUUUCUCUUGUUACUGUGACACUACUCCAUAGGAGAAGCAGCUGGAUGACAAGGUCCCCAAUCUUCCAUGGCAGAUGACUGUAAAAUAAGGGAGGGGGAGCAGAAAUAAAAUGUCUGGACUGCA